CGAUUUUGUAAUGACUUCGGCAGAGCCUACUUCGACGGCAGAAUCGUAUAGCGAAAAAUUGCCCUCCACUGCAACUCCCUGCACAACGAAUGAACCACCUACCACAGUUGCGUUCGUGUGUGAGCUGUGUGGUAUGAGCGAAUCAUGCGAUUAUCGCGGCCGUCGACCACCAUUUGCAAACAAAAUUGAGCUGCACGAGGAUAGUUACGUAAUGCGGGAUCCGUUCGCGCCACCACCGCAAGCCGUGCCCGAUAAACCGUCCUGCGAGUACUAUCUCAUCCUGGGCGCGGAUUGCAACCUCUGCCAGCGCACGGUUUGCAAAGCGACCGAGUGCAGCUUCUUCUACGGUGCCACCUUCUGUCGGCAAUGCAGCAUGGAAAACGUACAAAAGUUUCCGCUCGAGGUGCGGAGUAAAAUAAAAAAACAAUUUUCAUAAUACCUUUUA